UCCCUAAGUGCCACGUCCAUGCUUCUUUUAGCUACUGCCAGGGGUGGUGACUGCACUGUUUCCCUGGGCAGCUUCUUCCAAUGCUUGACAGCUCUUUCUGUGAAGGAAGUUUUCCAAAUAUCCAAUCUUAACCUCUCCUGGUGCAACUUGAGGCUGUUUCUUCUCAUCCUAUCUGUUACUACCUCUGAGAAGAGGCCAGUCCCCACCUUGCUACAGCCUCCUUUCAGGCAGUUGUAGACAGCCAUGAAUAUUUCCCUCAGUGUCCUUCUUUCCACGCUAAACAGCCCCAGCCCACUCAGCUGCUCCUCAUAAAAUUCAUCCUCCAGACCCUUCACCAGCUUUGUUGCUCUUUGGAUGCUCUUCAGCACAUCUUAUAUGUUAUGCACAUUUCACAUAUGAAGUUUCUAACUCAUUAAAUUUUAGGUCAAGGAAAGGAUUGCAGAUCACAUAUUUGGCCUUUUUAUCUUACGGUGGCAGUUUCAUGCUUUCAGUUUUUUUUUUUUUUGGAAGAGCAUUUUGACAGUUUCCUGUCUUGGGAAUGUUGCUUUACACCAUUUGAAAUCUGUGUCUAAAUAUUUUUGGAAACAGGUCAACAGAUUUGUGAUGCUUCUCCAGAAAAAUUAUGGGUAGAUGAUGUGUGUUGUGUGAAACCCAAAGAAAAUAGGAUGACAGUGGAAACCUUUUGGCAAUAUCCAGCCUGGAAACUUGUGCUUUGAUGUGAAGGUUUAUAAUUGUUCCAUAAAGAAAAGUUAGCUCUUUGUCGUCAUAACCACAUUAAGAAAAGCAUGCCUGGGAUCAAGGUAAUUUCAGAUGAAUUUACACUGCUUGGAGUCUGUUCACGCCUCUGCUGGAAAAUACAUAGGUGUCAUCUGUCAAGUACUGUGUUACUUUUACAUUAAACACAUCUAAGCCUGCUGGGUUGUAAGUGGGAGGCUUAGAGUGGACAGGGUGAGAUUUAUUAGUUCUUUUACACUGAUGGUUGUUGCUGUGUUUCAUUCAGCAUUCUUGAAUUUUCCAAAGACUUCACGUUUUAGUGGAACCACUGGAAGAUGGUGGAUUUUCUACAGCUCUAGAAAAUCAGGCCUUCAGUCUCAAGCUAGCACUUACUAGUAUUUUUGAAUUUUAGUCUUAAUGUUUUAAGGUAGAAAUUAGUAAAAAUGUGUUCUAUAACCGGCCAUUAAAAUGCCACAACAAAGCAUUUGCUAACUUCCUUUCUACUGUUAAUAUCUCCUGAGAUUUUUUUCUUUGCUUGCUUUCUUUUUGUAGUGCUGUCUUCCAGUUAAUGGUUUCAAGAGUUAUCUGCUUUCUAGAUCUGAAUGGAAUUCUUCUGCAUCAGGACAGUUGGUAACUUAUUCUUGGGAGAUGGAGAAAGUUGCAGUUCCUUUGAGAAGUCUAAGGACUUCAGCAGUUGUAGACACAUUAAAAUGCCUGUCACCAGAGGGGACAGGUGUUCCUGCUCAGCCCUUUCAGUAUCACUGUUUCAUUUCUCUUCCAUUAAUCUAAAUAUCUGGUGAGCUGUACUGUUUGCAAAGAGAAAAGAGGUUCUGUGUCUGGUUGAUUAUGAUGACAUUUUGUGGGAAAAGCCUGAGUGCAGCUGACAAUCUUGUCUUACAUAGGCAACUCAGGACAACAGGUAUCAUUUAACCACUUACAUUUUUGCAUACCCUCUUUAAAGGAAAUUUUGUUAAUAGCAGGCAGUAUGUCUUUGAAUCAGGGUGUAGACAUUCAGUAUUGUCAGUGAAGAUUCUCAGACUGUGUAUGAAGAUCUUGUAUAUAUGGCUGAAAUGGUAGCAUCUCUUUACAAAUAAUUUGGGUUUAGGGCCAGUUGUUUCCCAUAGAAGGGAAAAAAGAUAUUGUAUUUGUUUUGGCAAGCUAUUGUGCUUUUACUUUGUCCUGUUUCACUUUUGCAUAGUUGCCUAAACUACUUUUCAUAGGACUGUUCAGCAGAAAGCAGAGAUCACCUAAUUGAUACUUAAAGCUGUUGGACUUCUGUAAGAAAUGUACUUUGGUUCUCCUGCAUGGUGUUUACAUUUUUGUGCAUUUGUUUGUUGUGGUCUGGGAGGGAUUUUGGUUUUUUUUUUUUAAAUGCAAAGCAAAGCAAGUGCUUUGAUUCCAGGUAUUUGGGGAAACUGUGCUAAACUUAUGCUUUACUCCUUCUUGUCAGGUUGUCUGUCGCUGUGCUGACUUGAAGAGGUGACCAUUUGCUGGUUUUAUUUGGAGGAGAGGUUGAUUUCUGGCUGUUGAUAAACCUUCCAUAACUGAAAAAGUACAAGGAGCUGGUAUAGUAAAGUCUUAAGAUACUAAUUUUGUCUUGGGUAAUGCCCAGAUCGUGGAUUGGCCCAUUGUCUACAGCAAUGAUGGAUUUUGCAAAUUAUCAGGAUAUCACAGAGCAGAAGUUAUGCAAAAAAGCAGCACCUGCAGUUUUAUGUAUGGAGAACUGACAGACAAAGAUACAAUUGACAAGGUCCGGCAAACCUUUGAGAACUAUGAGAUGAACUCCUUUGAAAUCUUGAUGUACAAGAAGAACAGAACACCUGUCUGGUUCUUUGUGAAAAUUGCUCCAAUUCGAAAUGAGCAGGAUAAAGUGGUUUUAUUUCUUUGCACUUUCAAUGACAUAACGGCUUUCAAGCAGCCCAUUGAGGAUGAUUCAUGUAAAGGUUGGGGGAAGUUUGCCCGCUUGACCCGUGCCCUCACCAGCAGCAGAGGAGUGCUGCAGCAGCUUGCUCCCAGCGUGCAGAAAGGAGAGAACGUUCACAAGCACUCAAGACUUGCUGAGGUAUUGCAGCUGGGUUCUGAAAUCCUCCCACAGUACAAACAAGAGGCACCAAAGACUCCACCGCAUAUAAUUUUGCAUUAUUGUGUAUUCAAGACUACCUGGGAUUGGAUCAUCUUGAUUUUAACCUUCUACACUGCUAUUUUGGUCCCUUACAAUGUCUCCUUUAAAACCAAGCAGAACAACGUGGCAUGGCUGGUAGUUGACAGCAUUGUAGAUGUCAUUUUUCUGGUUGACAUUGUGCUGAAUUUCCACACCACCUUUGUGGGGCCGGCAGGAGAGGUGAUCUCUGACCCCAAGCUGAUUCGCAUGAAUUACCUGAAGACCUGGUUUGUGAUUGACCUGCUCUCCUGCCUGCCAUAUGAUGUCAUCAAUGCAUUUGAGAAUGUUGAUGAGGGCAUCAGCAGCCUCUUCAGCUCCCUCAAGGUGGUGAGGCUGCUGCGGCUGGGCCGCGUGGCUCGGAAGCUGGACCACUACAUCGAGUACGGGGCGGCCGUGCUGGUGCUGCUGGUGUGCGUGUUCGGGCUGGCCGCGCACUGGCUGGCCUGCAUCUGGUACAGCAUCGGCGACUACGAGGUCAUCGACGAGGACACCAACACCAUCCGCACCGAGAGCUGGCUCUACCAGCUGGGAGAGUCCAUAGGCACGCCCUACCGCUUCAACACCUCGGGCUUUGGGAAGUGGGAAGGCGGGCCGAGCAAAGAUUCCGUCUAUAUCUCCUCGCUGUACUUUACGAUGACCAGCCUCACCAGCGUGGGAUUUGGGAACAUCGCUCCCACGACGGAUGGGGAGAAGAUCUUUGCCGUGGCUAUGAUGAUGAUUGGCUCCCUUCUGUAUGCCACCAUUUUUGGUAAUGUUACAACCAUAUUUCAGCAAAUGUACGCUAACACAAACAGAUACCACGAAAUGCUGAACAGUGUCCGGGACUUUUUAAAGCUCUACCAGGUCCCUAAAGGACUGAGUGAACGUGUGAUGGAUUACAUCGUUUCCACCUGGUCAAUGUCCAGAGGAAUAGAUACUGAAAAGGUUUUGCAGAUUUGCCCUAAGGACAUGAGAGCAGAUAUCUGUGUGCACCUGAACCGCAAGGUUUUCAAGGAGCACCCUGCCUUCAGGCUGGCGAGCGACGGCUGCCUCCGGGCGCUGGCCAUGGAAUUCCAGACAGUGCACUGUGCUCCGGGAGACCUCAUCUACCACGCUGGAGAGAGCGUCGACAGCCUGUGCUUCGUGGUCUCGGGCUCUUUGGAGGUAAUCCAGGAUGAUGAAGUCGUUGCUAUACUAGGCAAAGGAGACGUUUUUGGUGAUGUGUUCUGGAAGGAGUCGACUCUCGCCCAGUCCUGUGCAAAUGUGAGGGCUCUGACUUACUGUGAUCUCCAUGUGAUUAAAAGGGAUGCCUUGCAGAAAGUGCUCGAGUUCUACACAGCCUUUUCACACUCCUUCUCCAGAAAUCUCAUUUUGACCUACAACUUGAGAAAAAGGAUCGUGUUCCGGAAAAUCAGCGACGUCAAGCGGGAGGAAGAGGAGAGGAUGAAGAGGAAGAACGAAGCGCCUCUGAUUUUACCCCCGGACCACCCGGUGCGGCGGCUGUUCCAGAGGUUCCGGCAGCAGAAGGAGGCGCGGCUGGCGGCCGAGCGGGGCCGCGACCCGGACGAGCCGGACGUGGAGAAGGGCAAUGCCGGCGGGGAGCAGCCCUCCGGCCGCGCCGCGGUCAAGGCCAGCGUGGUGACGGUGCGGGAGAGCCCGGCCACGCCCGUGUCCCUGCAGGGCUGGGCCAAGUUCAAGGAGGCCUGCGGCAAAGGGGAGGACUGGAACAAGGUCUCCAAGGCAGAGUCCAUGGAGACUUUACCCGAGAGAACUAAAGCUUCGGGAGAAGCUACCCUGAAGAAGACGGACUCUUGCGACAGCGGCAUUACAAAAAGCGACUUGCGCUUGGAUAACGCCGGGGAGACGAGGAGCCCGCAGGACCACAGCCCGGUCCUCACCGAGGUCAAGCAUUCCUUUUAUCCCAUCCCAGAACAGACUCUUCAGGCCACCAUGCUGGAAGUGAAGCACGAGUUGAAAGAGGACAUCAAGGCUUUAAACACAAAAAUGACCAAUAUAGAAAAUCAGCUAGCUGAGAUACUUAGGAUAUUAACCUCACGAAGAAGCUCCCAGUCGCCACAGGAGCUGUUUGAAAUAUCAAGGCCCCAGUCUCCAGAAUCAGAAAAAGACGUGUUUGGAGCUAGCUGAGGUGUUUCUUUUUAAAAACAAACAAACCAACAAACAAAGAAACAACCCCCUAACACUUUACAUUUAAUCUUUCUUGAAAACGAGUGAGGGACCCGUUCACAAAGCAUGUUCCCUCUGUCUAAAAAGGUGUGGUAACAGGAAUUGCAACCUCAUGUCAAGAUGGCAGCUGACUUUGAAGCCUUUUUGACAGCAAGGGUACAGUUUCUAAAGUUUUUUCUUUCCACCCUUUGUCCUCA